AUGCUGGUCCUUUUCUACUCGUUCCUCGGCGGAUUCAUUUUCGAUCGCAUCGAAACUCAUGCUCACGCGGAGAUGAAACAGACCGAAAGGAUCAACAGAACGGCCUGUGUCACUCAUGUACGUUUCUUCGCAUCAUAAUCAUAUUCGGGAUAUGUUUUUCUCCGAAUAAUUCAAUUUUGUGCGAAUUAUUCGUUCUUCUUUUUGUAGCUCCUUCAUUCGAUCCACAGAUGGACCCGGAAUCAUACUCAUCAGACUUUGUUGGCAGAUCACAUUGCGGACUGUUUCGAACCUGAAAAGUAUGAAGAGAACAGGAAGCAAAUCAGGAUGUUACACUGUUUUUUAGAGACGAGAGAAGCGAAUGGAACUUUGUGACUGCUACGUUGUAUGGCUUUGGAAUUGUGACAACUUUAGGUACAGAAAAGAUCUUUGUCGCAAAACUCUUAAAAUUCUUGUAGGGUAUAACAGAAUCGCACCAAUCACGUUUACGGGCAGAAUGUUCUGUAUAUUGUAUGGAAUAUGCGGAAUUCCAGUCACGAUGAUAAUCAUAGCAAACGUUGGUCAGUAUCUGAACAACUUUGCAGGAGAUUCGAGGCGGAAGGUAUUCUGAAACUCUGAGCUGUCUCUGAAACUUGAAGCUUUACAGAUUGAAGCUUAUAGGCAGCAGAGGAGAAUGUCAAAGGCAUCAUUGGCUGGCAAAGUCUAUAAGGUUCACAAUAGAGGCUCUAUCAGUCACACCCACUCGUUUCAGGAAUCAUCCAUACAAGUCACAUCUCUCGCACUCCUCUGUGUGUUCUUGGUAUACGUUGCUGUGGGCGCAUUACUAUUACCAGCCUUGAAUGGAGAGGUGCGCUUCUUCUUUCUUUAGAUCUUCAAUUCAUCAACUGUUUUGCAGUUAGACUUUUUCAACGGUCUCUACUUUAAUUUUCUCUGUCUAACUGCAAUAGAUUUCGGUCAACUGGUGCCAAUUCGGGUUGAACUUUUGCCUAUCACAUUUCUAUAUGUGUGCAUUGGUCUCGCCAUCACAACCAUUGCAAUAAGUGAGUCUCUUUUCCCAGUUUCUAUAUUUUCCAUUCCCAUUUUCAGACAUUGGCUCUGAGUACAUGAAAAAGCUGCAUUACUGGGGCAAGAAGAUGAAGAACGCGGCUCAGACCCGAAUUUGGUUUGGCGGAAAAACGUAAACUAGACAACUUUUACUUUUUUUUUUUUGUCUAGACAACUUUUACUUUCAAGUUAGUCCAUUUCAGAUUGAAAGUUCGAGAUCUCUUGCACGCGGUCGGAAAGAAAUGUGGUGUCGAGCCAGGAAUGAUUGAUGCUUUGGACUUGGAGAACGUCGUGGAGAGGACGAUUGCAAUUCAGGUCCUACAUUUCGUUUUCAAUCAACUUGAAAAAUAGCUAUGCAUUUUUUAGGAGGGAAGAGAGCCUCCGGAUGAUUUAAAUGAGGAACCUCCUCGAGAACCAUCUCCUCGUUCCAUCAUCCAUUCUCCCUGUUCCGCACGACCAUCGAAUCCGCCAAUGAGUCCUCCAUCACCUCGAGAAGACCACCCAUUUAUAUUCAAAAUGUACUUCCCCAUCCCAUUUCCCUCAUCUAUCUUCUUUUUUCUUCUUUUAGGGACACUCCUGCACCACGCAGCCCAUUGCCUUUGCCCACAUAUGAAUUGGACAUUAAAAAGCCGAUAUUUCAAGCUUUGUCGAGCGAGUUCAUGAGCCAAUCAGCACAAGAAAAACUGUUUGAAGAUCUCGACACAUUCCACGUCGAAUGUAACACAGAACUAGUGGAAGAUAACAAGUGCGAGAGUGUAAUCAUCAUCGAACCACCGGCGACAUUCGAAGACAUGACAGUGCAGAACAGUCUGAAUGCCGAAGACUUUGAAAGAGAAGAGAAAGGUCGGUGA